CAAGUCUAAAAAGUCCAUUGGCUGCUGCAAUCUCCUUCAAUCUCUUUAUCUUCAAGGCCGAACACUGACACCGAGAAAGGGUGACGGAGAAAGAGGUGAGAAAUAACGGUCAAGAAUGGCUGCUACAUUUUCAGGAGUAGGGAUUGGAUUAGGGUUAUCAUGUUCUUCUUCUAAUGGGAAGCUCUCGCAAAGAAGAUCUCCUUCAUGGAGUCCAUCUCGUUCCAGUGUGAAAAUGACAGUCUCUGUAGAAGAGAAGAAGAAGUUCACUCUCAAAAAAUCCGAGGAAGCUUUCAGUAUCGCUAAGGAGCUGAUGCCAGGAGGAGUGAAUUCACCUGUACGGGCUUUUAAAUCUGUCGGCGGACAACCAAUAGUGAUGGAUUCUGUGAAGGGCUCUCGGAUGUGGGAUAUUGAUGGCAAUGAGUACAUUGACUAUGUUGGUUCUUGGGGGCCAGCUAUAAUUGGUCAUGCAGAUGAUCAGGUGCUUGCAGCUUUGGCUGAAACAAUGAAGAAAGGGACGAGCUUUGGUGCCCCCUGUCUUCUAGAGAAUGUGCUAGCGGAGAUGGUCAUCAAAGCAGUUCCAUCUAUAGAAAUGGUACGAUUUGUCAAUUCAGGCACGGAGGCUUGCAUGGGUGUGCUUCGCCUGGCCCGUGCUUACACUAGACGAGAGAAGCUUAUCAAGUUUGAGGGCUGUUACCAUGGCCAUGCUGAUCCUUUCCUCGUCAAGGCAGGAAGUGGUGUUGCAACACUAGGGUUGCCAGACUCCCCUGGUGUCCCGAAGGCAGCAACCUAUGAAACUUUAACAGCCCCUUUCAAUGACUUGGCUGCAGUGGAAAAACUUUUUGAGACAAACAAGGGAGAGAUUGCAGCAAUAAUCCUUGAACCUGUUGUAGGAAAUUCAGGUUUUGUUCCACCUAAACCAGAAUUCCUCAAUGCUAUCCGCAAGGUUACCAAAGAAAAUGAUGCCCUUCUAAUCUUUGAUGAAGUUAUGACUGGAUUCCGUUUGUCAUAUGGAGGCGCUCAGGAGUACUUUGGCAUUACUCCUGAUCUAACAACACUUGGGAAGAUUAUUGGUGGUGGCUUGCCAGUAGGUGCUUAUGGUGGAAGGAGGGAGAUUAUGGAGAUGGUUGCACCUGCAGGACCAAUGUAUCAAGCUGGGACCUUGAGUGGGAAUCCAUUGGCAAUGACUGCAGGGAUACAAACACUAAAGCGGUUACAGGAGCCAGGAAGUUAUGAAUACUUGGAUAAGAUCACAGGUGAACUUGUACAAGGCAUCUUGGAAGCUGGCAAGGAGGCCGGGCAUGCUAUUUGUGGCGAAAAUAUAAGAGGGAUGUUUGGCUUUUUCUUCACAGAAGGACCUGUUCACAACUUUGCUGAUGCAAAGAAAAGCGACACAGCUAAAUUUGCUAGGUUUUUUCAAGGAAUGCUGGAGGAAGGUGUAUAUUUUGCUCCUUCGCAAUUUGAGGCUGGGUUUACAAGCUUGGCGCAUACUGCUGCAGAUGUUCAACAUACAAUAUCAGCAGCGGAGAAGGUUUUCCGGCAAAUUUAGUGCAUAGGCCUUUGUACCAAUGGCAAUACAUGUAUCCUUUAUUUUCUUUUUUCAUUUGAUUGUGAUCCCAGUUUUCCAUUGUAUGGUUGUCCUUUUUGCAUAUGAUCACCCUUUGCGCACCUAACAGUUUCUUUUGAUCAGUUCCAUCUAGUGAAGAGUUUGUAUUUAUUUUCCCCUGAUUAUGAGAAUCUUUCAAUGUUGGUAGCUUACGUAGCAUUCAAA